GUACCACUCCCUCUAAUCUCUCCACCCCUCUGCCUGUCUUGUUUUCUCUCAGAGUUGGCCCAUGCGAGCAGCAGCAGCGCGUGGACUGAGUGCAGCUGUUUCGUUCCGAGCAGAGCCCAACAUGUGAGAAGAUGUCUGUUGGAGGUUGUGCUUGUCCCGGCUGUUCGUCAAAGUCAUUCAAGCUGUACUCUCCUAAGGAGCCCCCAAACGGCGGCAGCUUUCCCCCCUUCCACCCAGGCGCUAUGCUGGACAGAGAUGUGGGGCCCACACCCAUGUACCCACCGUCAUACAUGGAGCCUGGAAUGGGGAGACCCACACCGUACGGGAACCAGACAGAUUACCGGAUAUAUGAGCUGAACAAACGGCUACAGAAUUGGACAGAGGACUGUGACAAUCUCUGGUGGGAUGCGUUCACCACAGAGUUUUUUGAGGAUGACGCCAUGCUUACCAUCACUUUCUGUCUGGAAGAUGGACCCAAACGAUAUACCAUCGGCAGGACGUUAAUCCCGAGAUACUUUCGAAGUAUUUUCGAGGGGGGUGCCACAGAGCUGUUCUACGUUUUGAAGCAUCCGAAGGAGUCCUUCCACAGUAACUUUGUGUCUCUGGACUGUGACCAGUGCACCAUGGUGACCCAGAACGGCAAACCCAUGUUCACACAGGUUUGUGUGGAGGGGCGCCUGUACCUAGAGUUCAUGUUUGACGACAUGAUGAGGAUCAAGACUUGGCACUUCAGCAUCAGACAACACAGAGAGGUCCUACCAAGGAGCAUAUUGGCUAUGCAUGAUCCUCAGAUGCUCGAUCAGCUGGCUAAGAAUAUCACCAGAUGUGGGCUGUCGAACUCAACGCUCAACUACCUCCGUCUAUGUGUGAUAUUGGAGCCAAUGCAAGAGUUGAUGUCCAGGCAUAAGACCUACAGUCUGAGCCCCAGAGACUGCCUGAAGACCUGCCUCUUCCAAAAGUGGCAAAGAAUGGUAGCCCCUCCAGCUGAGCCAGCCAGACAAGCUCCAAACAAGCGACGGAAAAGAAAGGUGUCCGGUGGAAGCACCGUGAGCUCCGGUGGAGGCAACAAUAACAACAGCAACAGCAAAAAGAAGAGUCCAGCAAACAGCUUUUCACUCUCCAGCCAGGUACCUGACCUGGUUGGAACAAAAACCUGUACAGUGCCGGAGCUUGAGGACCGGAGUUGAGAACCACAACGCUAAAUCUUACACACAAACACACACACACACGCAUACACACACACACACAUACACAUUGAAACACACCCAGAAGAGUGCACACACUCACCUACACCCACAGCAUAAAACAUUGAGGUACUGGAGACAGGUGGUAAGAAGUGUGUAUUCAUUUUCUAUGUUUUAGACUUGUUUUGAAUUUUUUUUAUUUUUGUAAACAAUUUCUAAGAAAUAAAACAGACAAGCAAGCAAGCAAACAAAAACACCCCAGAAUAUCCUUUGCACUGUUUUCCACGUUUAACUCCAAUCUAUUUUUCUUAUGAAUUGACGGUGUCCUUUUUUCUUUUCUAUUAUCGCUAAUGUAAGAACUGUAAAACAUCAGAAACCUGCAGUAUAUUAAUGUAUAAGUAUUGCUGUUAAAUCAUUCUUCUUGUGAUGGUUAUAACUUUCAUGUAAGUCUGUGCUUGAUAUAAUGUCAUCCAUCUGUGUCCGACACCACACUGUCACCAGGUGCAUUGGCUUCAGUGCUAGAACACAAGUUUGGGAGAACAAGGUGAGGGUUUUAAAAACUGUACUACAUCUCCAAAGCAGCACACUGAAAACCUCUCUCCCCCUCACUAUAUUUCCAUCCCACACCUGUUUGGAUCUGUCAAAUGUCAUCGCAGAACUGUUUACUUUGUCUUGAAAUCUCUAUCUGGGGGUCCUCAUUAAAGAAAACUUCUCAAAUUUGCUACUCAAAAAAAAAAAUAUUUUAAAAAGUUUUGACAGGAUUGUAAAAUAAAAAAAAAAGACUUUUGUAUUAACUUAAGUUUCCCAGAAAAGUUUUUAAUCACAAUUAAGAAAGCUGCAGACCAAGGAGCUCCAUGUAAAGACUCUUUAGAUAUUGAUUACUCUGUGCUCGUUUUAUGUUUUAUGAAGAAUCAUUUGUUGGCUUUACUCCUCAUGUUUGUGUCUGUGAUUGUAUAUUUUUAGGUAGUCAUUUCUGUAAAAGUUAUUCUAUGUAUUCCUCCCUAGAACUAUGAGAAACUCAAAUCUAAUGUAAAGAGAUGAAAAGCCUCCCUAAAAGUUUUUUUAAACGUGAUUUUUAAUGGUACAAUCACUGAUACAAGAAUUUUGCCCUCAUGUUAGCAAACUGUAUUUAUUUUUCUAUGUACUGACAUUCUGUUGAAGUCCAACCCACCUGUACAAUACUCAUGAUAAUAUAUGGAGGAGUUUGUGGGACUGCAGAGUCACAUAAUGCUCAUUAGGGUCAUUCCAUUACUUGUUUUUAUUUAUGACAUGCAGCAUCAAGGUCGUUCUGGCCUGUGUAUUAAAUGGUUCAGUAUUUGACAUUUACGCCUUUCCCUGCCAGUUGACGGCUUCUGCUCUAACUGAAAAAUUACAAGAUCCACUGGAAACAACAAACAAUAACCCCUUUUAGGCAAAGCAUUAGUCAUCCUUUUCUGUGAAGUUGCUCUAUUUUGGGGGUGAGUCAUCCUCUUGAUGAAGAGACCCAGAUACUGGAAGUGUGCCACAAUGGCGCGGCAUUUGUUCAAAUUCACCAAAAAACCUUCAGACCAAAUAGAAAUGGUUUGGUUUUGUAAUGUAUACGAUUGAGGAUUUUCUGAAACAUUUCAAAUCUAUGAAAGAAAAACAGGCUGAACAUUGACCUCACAUUCACCUUUUGCGAAAGGUUUGUUUUUUCAAACUUGUGUUAGAAAAUGUCGCUUAACUCCUGAGCUUCAGCAAGCUCACAGCAUGAACAGUAAUUAGCAGAUUCCCCCACCAGGGGUCUCUCAGAGAAACCAUACAGAGUGUCAGAAAUUCCUCCAUUAUUAUAACUGGCAGAAAUGGCGUCUGUAAAUCCACGCUGAGCUGCAGGCUGUUGUGUGAAAAUCCUUAUUGUCUCUAGAACCUCUAGUCUCCUUUUAAUUGUGGAUCAACUCAGCAGGCCGACGCAGAAUUGAGUCUAGGGGGUAACUUUUCAACGCCCUGUCUUUCCUAAGUUGACUUAAUUUAGGGAAUAAGGGUUUAUGAUAUGUGAGGCAGAACUGGAAUGGCAAUGCACCCAUCGCUGGCUCCUGUAGCACCUCACCAUAGGGGUGAUUUUAUAUCUAUAUUUUUCGCCAGGUUUCUGUCUGAUAAUUCAUGUAUGGUAUCAAUAAAGAUGAAUUUUCACUGAAAAA